CACUGAGCUUAUGCAACCCCCCACACACCCACCGCCUUGCAGUACUCUCUCUCCGGGCGGUAGAGGGCGCUGCAGGUCCUGGUGGCGAAUCGUCAGCGGCGGUAUCUCCUCUCAUGCUGACCCGCAUUCACCCAUACUGUACAGGCAGAGAGGGAAGGGGGAGGACCGAGCGCGGAGAGCUAACAACCGCUGCACACUUCCCCCGCAGACAGACCGUGCGUGGCCGUGGCUUUGGCAGUCCCGGGGCAGACAUGACUAUCCCGUCUCUACUCCACCUGAAAGCGGACUGAGAGAGGGGCUACCACCGGGGAAGAAGGCACCGGCAGCGACGCCGUUUGACACGAGUUAUUGCAUAGAGGACGACGCUCUGCCAUUAGAUGAUUGUGUCAGUGAAGACGACGUAAGAAGACCGGCCUCUGUCUUCAAAGCACCAGGUGGAGCGCCCUGAAGAAACCUACCUGUGUAAGUGAAGGGGGCGGAGCCAAGCAGCAACCUUUUUUUUUUUUUUGUCCUGAUGGACACUGGACAGCCACCAGCAUUUUUCUUUUUCAAAAGACAUAAGAUAGGAAUCAAGUCUACUCAAGACUGAUACUGCACAGUUUUACCUCUUGCCGUCCUCUCCUCUCACUCUGAUCCGAUCAGAGGAAAACCUCUUCAGACCAUCUACCUCCCAGAGAACCAGGAACACAAAACUGUUUGCUCUCAGUUCCUCAGUUCCGUCUUCUCUUCAUGCAACAUUUCUCCAUUUACCUCAGGGAUCUUCUCCCACUGUCUACCUCCUCCACCAAAACAGCCAACCCACUGACUUUGGAACACGGCGCGAAAACACACCUGUUUGUGACCUUUCGCUGCUGUUACCGUGACGACCUGUAUUGCCUCUCAAGCGCUAACCCGCUGCAGCUGUGACAACCAGCGAUGACCUUGGACCUCUUACCUCCUGCCAGCUUGGAUCUGCUCACUGCAUGAAUUGUGCCGAUGCUACAAUUGUAGCCUGGACCUCUGGCAAGUUAUCACUGGAAGGACACACUCAUACCCUCAUUCCCCGUCUUUUACAGUCUACCUGGCAACUAUAUACCUCAGCAGAUACAGUGUAGAAACUUUUUUUAGUCAGAGGGAGCAGAAAGGGAACUUUUCCGUGUCAAAAAUCCACUUCCCUGGUUGCUCGUUCGAACCCAGCAGGUCACAACGAGACGACAACUCACUCCAGGAUCUUCCACUUGCCUUGGAGGCAGGAGUAUAGCAACAGUAUCCAGGAAGGCCUCCCAGAGAAGCGAGAGGGUUUGUGAGCAUCACCUGGAUUCUCUUUCCCACAAAGUCACAUCACACAUGCACCUCGUAGUGUAAGCGGUAGCGUCGUUGGGAGAGGAGAUCACAGAAGAGACUCAGAAGUUCCCCCUGCUUUGUGCUUCCUCUUCACCAUGUGAAGCCUCCAGAGAAAUAAAGCUACCCACAGUGCAGGAGAAGUUCUCAUUAGCUUUCCUUGCUCAGGAGACGCAACUACAAAGACUGAAGCACUUCGUCGCAGAUUUAACUGUUUAACCUUCGGAGAAGUACAACAACAAAAAAAGUGAACAGAGCAAAUCCAUAUUCUGUGACGGCGGAGAGCGAGAGAAGGAGGGAAAAGCAUUUGGGAGUGAAGAGAAAAAUGCAGCGCUGUCUCUGGCCUCCACCGACGCCCCGCCCACUAUGCUCCUCCUAGAUUCCCCUCUCUAUUGAAGGCGCCGGCGGCGAAUGCUGAGCAGGCUGGCGAGAUUACGGUCCGCCUCAUUGUCCUGUGAUUGGCCGCUGGACCGCGCCGAGGUUAAACCGAGCCAAUGUCCAACAAGCAGGAUAGCAACUCGUCUGAGGGGGACGAUAAAGGGUGGCCAGAUGUGCCAAAGAGAAAGAGGAAGAACAGCCAGUGUUCGGUGAAGAGCAUGUCUGCUCUUAGCGUCUCUGUUCCAGGGUACAUCCCCAGCUACCUGGAGAAGGACGAGCCGUGUGUGGUGUGCGGGGACAAGGCCACUGGCUACCACUACCGCUGCAUCACCUGCGAGGGAUGCAAGGGUUUCUUCCGAAGAACCAUCCAGAAAAACCUCCACCCAUCAUACUCCUGUAAAUAUGAAGGCUGCUGCAUUAUUGACAAGAUCACCCGCAACCAGUGUCAGCUGUGCCGCUUUAAGAAGUGCAUCUCUGUGGGCAUGGCCAUGGACUUGGUGCUGGAUGAGGCCAAGCGAGUGGCCAAGCGGCGUCUGAUCGAGGAAAACCGAGAGAAAAGGAAGAAGGAGGAGAUGGUUCGGACGCUGCAGGUGAGGCCAGAGCCGGACACAGCGGAGUGGGAGCUGAUCAGGAUGGUGACCGAGGCCCACCGGCACACCAACGCCCAGGGAUCCAGCUGGAAACAGAAGCGCAAGUUCAUGCCGGAUGAUAUCGGCCAAGGUCCGAUGGUUCCCACCUCCGAUGGUGAUAAAGUGGACCUGGAAGCUUUCAGUGAGUUCACCAAGAUAAUGACACCCGCCAUCACACGUGUCGUUGACUUUGCCAAGAAAUUGCCCAUGUUCUCAGAGCUGCCUUGUGAAGACCAGAUCAUCUUGCUGAAAGGCUGCUGCAUGGAGAUCAUGUCACUGCGCGCCGCCGUGCGCUACGACCCAGAGAGCGAAACGCUGACGCUGAACGGUGAGAUGGCGGUGAAGCGCGAGCAGCUGAAGAACGGCGGGUUGGGAGUGGUCUCGGACGCCAUCUUUGAUUUGGGCAAGAGUCUGGCUCAGUUUAACCUGGAUGACACAGAGGUGGCUCUGAUGCAGGCUGUGCUUCUCAUGAGUUCAGACCGCUCGGGGCUGACCAGCAUGGACAAAAUUGAGCAGUGCCAAGAGGCGUACCUGCUGGCGUUCGAACACUACAUCAACCAUCGCAAGCACAACAUCCGCCACUUCUGGCCCAAGCUGCUGAUGAAGGUAACAGACCUGCGAAUGAUCGGAGCCUGCCAUGCCAGUCGCUUCCUCCACAUGAAGGUGGAGUGUCCCAGCGAACUCUUUCCCCCGCUCUUCCUUGAGGUGUUUGAGGACCAGGAAGUGUAACACAGACACAGAAGUAAAGAAAAGACAGAGAAGUAAAAGUUCUUUUUUUUUAUUCGUCUUCAGUGAGAACUGAAAACUUUGGUUCCCCCCCCGUUUUUUUUUUUUUUAUCAAAACCUACAAGACCCACCACCUACCACCAGCAAACACAUUAACAUAACCAGAGAGAAACACACUGCUACUUUUUGUCAUUUUGAGAGGUAUAUGAUACACACACGGGGGCAAAAUAGUCAGCCUUUUCACAGGGUUCAAUUCCAAACACAGUGCCAUGAAACUGCAGAAUAUCUAUAUGCAAACACAAAGUAUCAUCAACAUUUAACUCCUUUUGCACCUGUGUGGAAACAAAUAACAGCUGCACUCUGUUCCUGCAACUCAUACAAACUAAGGUUAUGGUUCUACUCCUUCCUCACACCCUUCAGUAUAGAACAGUGUAGUCCUUCUAAUCUCUGGGACCUUACCACUAGCUGCUCCUCAGAGAGCUCCACCCUGUCCACAUAGCCAGCUCUCCUGCAUCUCUUUCACUUGGACGGUGACCGACCAUCAUCUGCACGUGCAGUCCCGCCCCUUCAGUCCGCCGAGGUCACUGUGAGUGUUUGUCAACCUACCUCCCCUCACAUGCUGGACCUCUCUAUCUCCGUCUGAACAUGCACAGAACACACUCGCACACGUUUACCUCAUACCUUGUGUAACGUAUGUCCUUUUUUUUUUAUUAUUAUUAUUAUUAUUAUCAUAUGGUAGUCUAUUUAGAAACCAUCCUCAUUUGUCCAUUUACGUCUCAGCUCGUGAUAGAAGCUACAGUGGGAUUUAUUUUUACUGAAAAUAUUGUUGACACACACCUGUGUGUGUGCGUGUGUGUUUCAUAUUAAUAGUAAUAUAGUUAUAAGAUAGUAUGAUUGUAUUCCUUUCUGUAAACAUACUGUUAAGCGUAUCCUGCAGCCAAUUAGAUUAGCUUAGCACAAAGACUAGAAAUAGAGAAGGUCAUUUUAGCCUGACUAACUUCGCUUAUCUUAGAUAGUUUAUUUGUAGUACCAUCAACCUCACUUGUGAUGAGUGUUCGAAACUUAUUAAUAUAUUAGUAUAUAUAAGCCUGUGUCAGUAUAACCAAUAAUCACUGUGUUUAUUUACAUAUAUACUGUGUAUAAACAUUGAUUACACAGUGUAAGUUCAUAUGUUUACAGAAAGGAGUCUUAUAUUAACAUCUUAUAUGUUCGCCCCACUGUGCUUGGAGAUUAAAAAACUAACAGAAAGGAAACUAAAUGUCAAUAAUAGCAUAUAAUAUAAAUAAUUUAUAUAUUAUCUAGAUUAUUUAUAUCUAGAAUACCUCUUCAACACGUACCUCUUGUUUUUAUUACCUCACACACACAUAUUUCACGCAUCUUUUAUUAUAUUUUUUUUUUAUAUGUAUGACCUCGGUGGUCGUUGUGUUGCUUUUUCUCUUCCUCCUCACGAGUUAAUCACUGCUGGACUGUACCACACUUCCUGCCUUUGUGCGUGUUCAUGUCCGUGCGUCUCAAACUGUUGCCCCGCCUCCCCACCUCCCUGCUGUCCAGUGUUCGCAGAUGGUGGUGGGAGGGGAUGGCACUCACUCCUGCAGCCCCCCCCCCCGCCCUCCCGUGUCCCGCUUAAAACCGACAGAUUCUACCUCACCUCUCAUUUCUUGUCUCAGUGCAGCCGCACCUCCCGACAUAGGUGAACACACAUACGGACAACGUGCACAAAAGAGUUGCCAACAUGCACCUGUUGAGGUUGCUGCUCCACCGAUGGUGUACAACGUGUCUAUUAAAAUAGGCCGUGGAUCAACAUUUGUCAGCUGACCUGGCAGAUUCUGUCAUGUUCUCCCCCGGUCUCAUUUGUACCAUACGCCACAUGGGACCAACCAUCACUUGGGGUUAUGUUUUUUAUUCAGGUACCUUAAAUGACAAAAAGGGCGGUGGUGAGUUUGUGGUGUUGCCCGUUGAACUCAAACACGCUGGGACUCCAGUGGGAGACAUUUUGGCCAACGGACUAUGUUGGUGGUGACUGAGAGGUAAAAAAACAAAAAAAGCAAGUGAGUCAGCAGUAUUUUGCCUCUGGAUAUAGUUUCAUCUGGGCCAACGGGAGGGAAACUGUGGACGGACAACUGUGGUGGGUAACCAUGUGACUCAGGCCAAGCCAAUAGCAAACCACCACACAAAAAAAAAAGAAAGAGACCCUUUUUCUCACAUCUACAGUUCAACAAUGGAUCCUUCCCUCACCGUCACAGGAGAAAUGGACAUCAAUCAAGCCAUUUAAAAAGACUUUGUGACUGACUGUCCUAUCCCAGACACAACAUGAAACAAGCUCCACCAACCAUAUCCCGACUUGCCAUCCACUUAAAAUAACGAUCAGGUUUUUUUCUGUUGCACUAAAACCACAAUGUCUGUAUCCCUUAGUAGCUCAGAACCCUUCCUUUAUCCCCGUCCCCCACAUCUUUUCCUCUUUCUGCCUGUCUGAAGUAGUCUUAACUAUAGUUUUUUAAAAUAUGUAACACACACACACACACACACACACACAUGGAAACACACGCGGUCCUUUAUUCCAUCUCUUGAUUACCUGGACUGUGACAAUGGCCGAAAGGUGCCGCCACUCUCAGUGUUACUAAUCUAAGUUGCAGGGUAUUUAAAUAGAACAGUAAGCGCUGAUUAUACAGGGAUAUAAACACACACACACACACACACACACAGAAAAAGCAGCAGCGUGCACACACAGCAAUAUUGUGUGCAGGCACAAGCAGGAAAGUCUCACAUCCACCAAACCCUAUCCAGGUCUGCUGCGUUUGUAACGAACUCUGCUCACGAUCACUGUGAAUGAAAGCCAUGCUGCAACCAGGUCAUGGCUCCGACAGGGAAACACUGGCUUAGUAAUUCUGACAUGUCAAUGUGCCUCACAGAGGUUAGUAAUGCAAAAUAUACACUAUAUAAAUACAGAAUAAUACAAAGUAUAUACAAUAUAUAAAGGUUAUAGUCACUUUAUGUGGCAUUGGAGCGAUCAGUGGCUGAAUAUAACGCUUCCAGCUCGGUCAUGUAGCGGAUGGUGUCGGAAUUCAAGUUUACGCACCUGUAUGACUAACUGUAAAGUAAUAUUUACCAGUAGUUUUCAGCUGUUUGCCUUGUGGUGAUCGCCAACUAACCAUCCUGGUCUAGCUGCUGCUCGCAUACCUCGAGAUCACGACAAGGAGCACAAGAAUGACCCUGAAACAGAAAUGUGUGUAUGAGAGACAAAGAUGGGAUCUGGUCUCUGGUCCACACGGCUUCAUGAACUGGGAUUUGAGCUGGAAGCGCAGCCUCUUUGUACGUCUCUAUUGCUCUCUCACACUCAGCCAAAUGAUCAACGGAGAAGUCCUCCCGCUGUCCUUUUAAAAAUAAAAAAAACAAACAAAAAAAAAAAAAAGAGAACCACACCAGCACCACAGAGCACACUGCCUUCAGUUCAGUUGCACCAGCAUAGCUGAGAGACAGACCAGUAUAGUCCGUGAAACAUUCUCCUCACCAAAUAGCCAUUUUACCUGGACGUCACUGUUACUACGGUAACGCUAUGUUCAGACCUAACCAGGCAGAGUUACUACUUAAAAAUUCUGUUAACUGUGUACGUUUUAGGUUUGGACACUUUUUGCUCUUCUGUAUCCAAACUGAUACUAGAAAAAUGGAUGUUUUGCAUGGUUUAGUUGAGUAGGUGGUGCACAGGGCAGUUCUGCGACCUGUUUGUUUGUCAUGACAGUAAAGCACCGCUUGAUAAAAGCUCUUCUAAAGUCGGAUUGCUGCCCUGUCGCCUCUCGUACUUCCUCGUCAAAGAGCGAGCGAAUACUUUUCUUUAGAUAUACGUUACGUUUACAAUUCAAAAUGUGAAUUUAAUGCUAAGCUCUGCCACUGCAACAUGGAGCAAAAUUCCAACAGAUACUCUAAAACAGUUCAACAACUCUCAUGCAACUCGUUUUACCUCUUCUAUAUGAGAUAUUCCUACUAUUUUCAUUAAUUACCCAGGGAAGCAUCCUUUCUCUCCUCCUCACUUCUCUCUCACCAUCCUUUCUUCUUCUUUCCAUUCCCCCGUCAUUCCCAUUCCACUCUCUUUUUAGAACUUAAAUUCCCACUAUCCUCUUAGUAGUGUGCGCUGUCUUCUUCCCUUCCCUUCCCUCACGCACACACACAUAUACAUAUACGCGCACACACACACACACACACACACACAGACAAAAAGCUACCCUAACUCAUUCUAGCAGUCUUUGGUGGAGAAAGUCGACAAUCCCUGGAGCAAUAUGUCCACAUGUGGAAUGUAAAAUACUGACAUUGUACGAUUAAAGACACGGUGUGACGUCCCACACUUAUGUUUUAGAUGUUGUUGAUGUUACUUUAAUUGUGCACCAAGUGUAUGUUGUUCUGCUUAUUCAAGGGUGGAUGAAUUUGCUGGUGGAGUUAAAACUCCAAUCGUGUGAUAGACUGCUACUGAUAUGUCUUUUUUUUUUUCUUUUCUUUUCUUUUUUGUUGAAAACAUAGUGUGGUUGUAAAAGACUUGUUAUGUGUGAGGACUGAAAAUCCUGAGCGAUGUAAAGCAAGAGAUUUGUUUUUUGGAUGGUGAAAAGUCUGGUUUUAUAUGAUUAUGUUUGAUGUCAUUAUUAAGUUGCAUCUGAUGUUCUUGGUAAGUGAAUGUCUAUCUGUGUUGAUGCUUUACUGUGAGAAAAUGGCUGUAUAUGCACUUUUCAGACCAUCAUUAGUGCAGUGGUAGCUAGUGCUAUAACAUCACCCAAGGGUCAGGUUUUAUUUCACUUUCAGUUCAACUUGUUUAAUUCUGGUAAUAAAAAACACAAUGUUAAUUAUAAGAUUUAGGAACCGGCCCACUGGUCACAUUUCAUUGAGAGUUUUGGCACAAAAAAAUAGCUCUGUAGUGUGUAUGUUGGCACUUUAAUAUGCAUAUUUGUGAUAUAAUUAUGCACAUUAUCUUAAUUUUAUUAUAAUUGACUGGCAUAUUUAAACAGUUGCAGUUAGUUAGUUUUAUUUCUUAGCCAACUAGCUAGUUUUCAAGAUUUGAAACCUACAUUUGGGUUUUCCCGCCUUUUUUUGUCACCACUGAUGUUAUAAUGACGCUUAUAUUCUCGGUGACUGAGAAACACACCCUAACACACAUUUAGGCUCUAGAUUAUUUUUUUUUUUUAUUAUUAUUUUUUUUUCAAUUUGGCUUUGUUGCUAAUAGAGGAAAUGCAAGCUAAAUGCUAACUAGCUGACGUCUUGACAACCUAAUAACACAGUACAGCCCAGUAGAGUAUUGUCACGUCAAACACAGAAUGUGGUAGGCUAGUUUAGUUGUUAGCUGAAUUUAUCUGCUCCCACAUCUGAGUAAUUAGCAUUACACCAAAGAUUCUGAACGCAGAGAACACUCACUGCAGCUAGCUGACUAGCAUUCGGGCUAAUGUGACACAGUUUUCGCUCGCUCUCUAUAUAUAUGUAUAUAUAAAUAUAUAUAUAUAUACAUAUAUAUAGUUUUGUUGUUUGUAUUUAGUAUACAAUCGUGUAAAUUAGAAAAUUAAAUGAUUAUGUGGUUUUUCUGUUAGCACAUUUCGCAGCCAGUAUUUCGCCAGCCCAAAACCUACUUCUAUUUUUGAUAUAUUAAGCAUCACUUAUGUACAGUAAAUGUACAGUAAAUGUACAGUAAAUGCACAGCAUGCACAUUACUUAGCUCUGAUGUCUGCUGCCACUCUCAUAUUUGUUUGUUGCACCAAUGGGCUGAAAAUCCAACAAUAUGUUUCUUCUAAGGGACUGUUCAAAAAUGACUGUUGUGGUAAUGGGGGUUGAACACUAUAUUUUUUUACCUUACAGAGAAAUUAGGUACUAACUAAAGUCUUUUUUUUUCUACUUUGUUAUUUUCUUUUUCUAUCAUCUAUAAACAAGGUAAUUUAUUAAUAAAAUAUAAAUCUCCAAGAAAGCCAGACAACCCUCCCUGUAAGAAAAACCUUGCCUUUUCAGACCCCCUCCACCUCCUCAGUACAUUUUUACGGUCCCUAAAAUUCCCGGAUGUGUUUUCAAAUCUGAACUGAAAGUGAAUGAACUUGAAUCCUGCUUUCCACAGUUGCUUGGGCUGUAUCACUUUCUAAGCUGGGCGUUUGCUCUUAACCCUGAUCUGGGUCAAUGUAAAAAAAAAAAGAAGAAGAACAUUCUGAUCUUAGACCAGGGCUCAUCCUGCGAUAUAUAAAUCUGCCAUAUAUUAAUCUCAGUGUUGUAACAAGAAAUAUGCUUGUGAUGGAAGAUAAGCCUCAAGUCAUUAAGUUAUACAAUAAAAAAAAAAGAUCACAAAAUCGUAAACCAAAAAAAAAAAAAAGUACAACUGUUCAUACCUCAUCUAAUCAAUCUGUGCCAGAGGAAGGGAGGGGGAGUGGUCAGUCUCAAGCAUGGAAAUUCAGUGGUUGGCAGAAUAUGGACCUUACUGUGGUCACAGGAAGAUUAAAAACGUGGCCCCAAACUUUUUGAAUUAAAAACUGGUGGCUGGAAGAGUUUCUGUAGAGAAGGUUGAAAGUUUAGUCGCUUCUGGCCAAACCCUCUCCACAUCCCUGAAAUGAAAUACUUCACAAAAAAAAGGAAAAAAAAAAAUACAUUGAAAAUGUAAAAGUGUGCAUCAACUUGAUGAAAUGCUUACAUGAUCUGUCCAGGUUGUGAUGACAGUAUUGUUCCUCUAGAAAUCAUAACAAAAAAAAAAAAAGAAACUACAGCACUUACUAUGUUAUAUCUAUAAGCAAGUGACAGCAUGCAAUAUGAAGCCAUGCUUUGAAUAUUUACCAUCAGCUAAAAGAUAUUUAUUCCUUCUCUAUGUGUGCUCUGCCCUGACUAACAAAGAGAGGACUGACGCUUUCAUCCGGACACCAGAUGAGACGUAGUUUGGCCAAAUGAAUAAUGACGAAUGCAGCGCAAGCUUAAAUUAUCCUCUCAAAAUAAUCACCAGUGGAAAGGAAUUUCAAAAAUUGCUCCCGCUUCCCUGAAGCUCUGAAGAGAGACUUUUGUCUCUUCAAGCCUUCACAUCUCCUCAAGUGCAAAUAUGCACUUACACACUUGUAUUGAUGACCAUUGUACUUAAAUUCAGGCCAGUAAAUUGUGCCUUUAAAAGAGAGAUUCUGGACAUUUUGUCCUGGACGACUAUUCCCCUGAUACAAAAUGUCCCCUCUUUUUUUAUACUGCUGCUCCCUGCAGCUCCCCUUCCCACUGACCUAUGCAGUAAGCACACAAGUCGGCCCCAAUUAGCCAAUCAGAGUGACAUCAUUUGAGGCCCUGCGCGAGCAGUCGGCCGUUUCCUGCUUGCGAAAGCAGCCAUAAAUAUUUGGCGCAGCACAGUGUUGAAUGUAAAGCUGAGAGUGCGACGUAGUUUGAACGACCCCGGGUGGACCAUUUGACGGUGUAUUUUGAAAAAAUGCUGGUCAUGGGUUUGUAACGGGCACAGUUGUUGUUUGUCUUGAUUUCUGUGACGAAUCAUUCAUGGCACAAUCAGAGAAUGGCAUCUCAGUGGCUCAAAGCUGUUUGUGUUUGUGGCUAUGUGACAUUCAUUUUCAGCAUUAUAAAAUGAUUUGAUAUCAA